UCGUCGAAUGUGUGACAAUAAUAUUAAAUGUUGUUGCUUGAAGUUGUGAUAAUCAAUGUAUAACAUUACAAUGUUUUAUUUGUGAGAAAGUGAAUUGCUAUAGCAAACCAUCAAAAUGUCGCUCGAAAUACCGUUAAUGAGCACCGAUGAGGUGAUAGAGCUAGAUCCGGAACAACUCCCUUCUGGAGAUGAAGUGCUCAGUAUUUUACAACAAGAAAGAUCCCAACUCAAUGUCUGGAUCAAUGUUGCGCUUGCGUAUUACAAACAAAAGAAGAUCAAUGAUUUUCUUAAAAUAUUGGAAGCGUCUCGUGUGGAUGCCAAUAUUGACUAUAGAGAGUUUGAGAGGGAUCAAAUGCGUGCCCUCGAUAUGUUGGCUGCAUAUUAUGUCCAAGAAGCGAAUAAAGAGAAGUCAAAGGACAAGAAAAAAGAGUUAUUUACAAAAGCAACACUGCUUUAUACAAUGGCAGACAAAAUUAUUAUGUAUGACCAGAACCAUCUCCUUGGUCGGGCUUACUUUUGUCUUCUUGAAGGUGACAAAAUGGGGCAGGCUGACACUCAGUUUAAUUUUGUACUGAACCAGUCUCCUAACAAUGUGCCAUCAUUACUCGGCAAAGCCUGUAUUGCAUUCAAUAGAAAGGACUACAGAGGAGCUUUAGCAUUCUAUAAGAAGGCGCUCAGAACAAAUCCAAAUAGUCCAGCAGCAUUACGUCUUGGAAUGGGACAUUGUUUUAUGAAGUUGAAUAACCAGGAGAAAGCUAGAAUGGCUUUUGAAAGAGCCCUACAACUGGAUCCUCAGUGUGUUGGGGCAUUAGUAGGACUUUCUAUUUUGAAACUAAACUUACAAGAAAGUGAAUCUAAUAAAAUGGCUGUCAUCAUGUUGUCAAAGGCUUAUGCUAUUGACCUUAAGAACCCAAUGGUGCUUAACCAUUUAGCUAACCACUUCUUUUUUAAAAAGGAUUACAACAAAGUGCAACAUCUAGCUCUUCAUGCCUUUCACAAUACUGAAAAUGAAGCAAUGCGAGCAGAGAGUUGCCACCAUUUAGCGAGAGCGUUUCACGCUCAAGGCGACUGUGUACAGGCUUUCCAGUAUUACUACCAGGCAACUCAGUUUGCUCCACCAAACUUUGUGCUGCCGCACUACGGCUUAGGACAAAUGUAUAUAUACAGAGGGGACACUGAAAAUGCUGCCCAGUGUUUUGAGAAAGUUCUUAAAGCUCAACCAGGAAAUUAUGAAACUAUGAAGAUCCUAGGAUCCCUGUAUGCAAAUUCUCCAUCACAACUACAAAGAGAUAUUGCUCGACAACAUUUGAAGAAGGUUACUGAACAGUUUCCAGAUGAUGUAGAAGCUUGGAUUGAAUUGGCUCAAAUAUUGGAACAGAAUGACUUGCAGGGCUCUUUAAAUGCAUACUCAACUGCAAUGAAGAUUCUCAAAGAGAAGGUAAAUGCGGACAUUCCAGCUGAAAUAUUGAACAAUGUCGCAGCACUACACUAUAGACUUGGAAAUUUACCCGAAGCAAAAAAAUAUCUCGAAGAAGCCUUAGAGAGAGAAAAAGUUGAUGCAGAAACCUUGGAUGCACAGUACUAUAAUUCAAUUGCAGUCACAACUAUGUACAAUCUAGCAAGACUCAAUGAAGCACUUUGCGUGUAUAAUAAAGCUGAAAAAUUAUACAAGGACAUUUUAAAGGAACAUCCUAACUAUAUAGACUGUUAUUUAAGAUUGGGCUGUAUGGCUCGUGACAAGGGACAAAUCUAUGAAGCUUCCGAUUGGUUCAAAGAAGCUCUUAAAGUUAACAUAGAACAUCCGGUAACCUGGUCUCUUCUGGGUAAUUUGCAUUUAGCUCAACAGGAGUGGGGACCGGGACAAAAGAAAUUCGAAAGAAUUUUGCAAAAUUCUUCCACUUCUAAUGAUGCCUAUUCACUUAUUGCUCUUGGAAAUGUAUGGUUACAAACUCUGCACCAGCCUUGUCGCGAGAAAGACAAAGAGAAGCGACACCAAGAGCGGGCACUGGCUAUGUACAAGCAAGUUCUCAAGAAUGACCCUAAGAACAUUUGGGCGGCUAAUGGAAUUGGAUGUGUUUUGGCACAUAAGGGAUGCAUAAACGAAGCUCGUGACAUAUUCGCGCAAGUGCGUGAAGCGACAGCCGAUUUUCCCGACGUCUGGAUGAACAUCGCGCACAUAUACGUCGAGCAGAAGCAGUACAUCAAUGCCAUACAAAUGUACGAGAACUGCAUCCGCAAGUUCCGCAUGCAGCACGACGUGGAGUGGCUGACGUGGCUGGCGCGCGCGCAGACGCUGGCCGGCCGCGCCCGCGCCGCGCGCUCGGCUCUGCUGCGCGCGCGCCGCGUGGCGCCGCACGACGUCGCGCUGCUGCACAACACCGCGCUCGCCCUGCGGAGACUCGCCGCGCACGUGCUCAAGGACGAGCGCUCCGAGCUGCGCGUCGUGCUCCGCGCCGUCCACGAGCUGCACGUCUCGCACAGGUACUUCCAGCGCCUAUCGGCGAGUGCGGCGGGCGCGGCGGGCGCGACGGAGGCGGAGGGCGCGGAGCGGCGCGGGGCGGAGGCGACGGCGGCGGCGGGCGAGGCGCGCACGUGCGCCGACCUGCUGUCGCAGGCGCAGUGGCACGUGGCGCGCGCGCGGCGCCAGCACCAGGAGGAGCUCACGCUGCGCGACCGCCAGCGCGAGCAGCGCGAGGCCUUCCGCCGGCAGCAGGAAGAGGAACGCAAACGCCGAGAAGAGGAACAAGCGAAAAGUACGGUGGAGAUGUCACAGAAACGUCAAGAGUACAAAGAGAAGACAAAGAACGCUCUGUUAUUCGCCGACAUGCCCACUGAGAGCAAGUCUAAGGGACGAGGCAGGCGACGCGACGAAUACGUGUCGGAUUCUGGUAGCGAGCCCGAUAGACCCAGAGAAGAAGGCGGCGAACCGAAGCAGCGCAAGCGCAAACGCGAAGGCGGAGAGGGCAAGGGCCGCUCGCGCAAACGCCGCGACGCGCGCGCCUCCGCCAGCGACAGCGACGCGCCGCGCAAGCGACCGCGCAAGAAGGGCGAGAAAGGUAUUGGACGUCGAGAAAAAGCGAAAAUGGCUGAAGAGAAACCCAGCACGAAACAACGCGCAAAAAUCGUUUCUAAAGAAACGAUCUCAACGUCCGAGUCCGACUCGGACAACGAGCGAAAGUCGCGCAGUCGUAGUCGUAGUGGAAGCCGCAGCCGCAGCGGUAGUCGUAGCCCGCCUGCUACUAAAGGCAGGAAAAGAAUUAUGUCGGCUUCAGAUAGUGAUAGGUCCCGUUCAAAGAGCCGGUCGAAAUCCCGUAGCCGAUCACGUUCAGCUAAAAGCCGUUCCAGGUCUAAGAGCCGAUCAAGGUCAAAAAGCCGAUCUAGGUCAAAAAGCGGAUCGAGGUCCAAGAGCCGCUCCAGGUCUAAAAGCCGGUCAAAAUCGAGAAGCAAAUCUCGAUCGAAGAGCCGCUCAAGAUCUAAGAGUGGUUCUCGAUCCAAGAGUCCAUCUCGAUCUCGUUCCAGAUCUAAAAGCCGUUCCAGAUCUAAGUCCAAGAGCGCUUCGAGGUCUCGUUCGAGAUCUAAAAGCGGAUCUCGUAGUCGUUCCGGCUCAAGAUCACAUUCAGGCUCUAGAUCCAGAUCUGGAUCGAGGAACUCCAGACCCGCGACACCUGAAUCCAGGAAGUCUGUAUCGGCGAGUGAAGAUGAAGCUUAGAUAUUUGUGUAAAUAUUAAGUGUUUUAAAUGAAUGUGUUACCUCCAAGGUAUAUUGUAAUUUUCUUUCAAAUAUAUUAUCAUACGAAUA